AUGCUUCGCGUUAAACAUUUUGCGUGGAUCAUAUUGUCCUUAUUUUGUUUCUGUUUUUUGUAUAUCAACAGACAUUUAUAUACUCUACCAUCAUCAUCAGCAGCACCAUCAACGAUAGAGAAAAAAAUACUCGACGAGGAUAAUAAUAAUCAAAUGGGUGGAAAACAAGCAUCAUUAUCAUCAUCAAAUAGUUUACUUAUUGCUGAAACAAUCAAAAAAUAUAUUGCUACUAAUAGUGUUGUGGUAUUUUCAAAAACAUAUUGUCCAUAUUCAAUGAAAGCAAAAAAUGUUUUAUCAAAAUAUAAAUUAAAAAAUUAUAAAAUAGUUGAAUUAGAUCAAGUUGAAGAUGGAGAUUUAUAUCAAAAUGUAUUACAAGAGAUGACCGGUGCACGAACAGUACCACGAGUAUUUAUUAAUGGAAAAUGUAUUGGUGGUGGAGAUGAUACUCAAAUGUUGGAAAAUAAAGGUGAAUUAAAACAAUUAUUAACAAAUGCAAAUGCUAUUGAAUUGUAG